AGUCAAGAAACAAAGCUAAAAUGUCACAGAUAUGCUAAUUCAACUAAAUAGACACUUUCUUUCCAAUCUGGAACAAAAAAUUGAUGUCUUUUAGCGACAUAUGAAACGAUACUGUUAUAAAAUUUGAACAAUAGCGACCCACACGUUUCCCGUUAAACAUAAUUGAACUUCAUUUUGUUGUUUUAUCUGUGAAGUGACAGAUGUCAGUUGUUUUUAUUAGACUGCUUUUUGUGAAUAGUAAAAAUGGCUGCCUCUAAAUUUGAAUUCUGAAUUUUCGAACGUUUAUUUUUUUUGUUCUAAUAUUUUUGUUUUGUUUUUUUUUGUUACGAUGGAACUAAAUAUUCCUGUUUUAGUUGUAAUAUUUUUAAGCUGUGUGCAAUUUAGUGAGUUGUCCGAGUCUAGGGAUGUGUCGAAGAUUUUGUCGAGAAGAAAACGGUAUGUCGCUUUUCCAGAAGGUUCCAGUUUUUCGUGCGCCGGUUGCGUGACAGUUGGUCUGAUUGGUCAACCGGCUCCAUCAUCAAGUCCUGGAACCUUCACGUUCAGUCUUAACUGGGCGAUAGCCUAUGAGCUGCCCAAUGUCACAGAAACUACCAUCUACUACUUACAGAAGAAGUAUUAUAAAAAACAGCAUUUACAGAAGAGAAUCAAUAGGAGAGAAUUGUAUGGGAAAUUGGAGACUAUUAUAGAUAAUAUGGGAUACAAUGGGAGGGAAUGCAUUCUGAAGACGCUCUGUGAGACCACUCAGAGGCUGGUGCCGCAUGGAGACAACGUGGUUGAAGAGAUGUUCAGGACUUUAUUCACUAUGCCACCAGCAAAAGUCCUACCAACAGAGCCUUUGGAACAUGCGAUAUACGACGCUGCACACCGCCUGGGCCGUAUCGUCGACUCCUGCGACAGGUUCAAAUGUCCAAUCUCAUUGGUUGACUUAAUCAAGGGGUAUUAUAAUGCUCCUGCGCCAAAAGUUGAUUUAAGAAGAAACCCAUGGGCGCUGUUCAGUAGUAAUUUUGGUUAGGGUUUGUUUUAAGUGUAUUGUUUAAAGUAGGCACUGUUAUGCUUAUUUAUUGAAUAGUAUAUAUCUUUAGAAUAAAAUGGGAGAUUGGAUGAGACUUA